AUGUCGAAUCCAUCACAGAUAUUCUCUACUGCCUGUAAAAAAGUUUUAGAUUGCUGGACUGCCCUGAAUUUAGCAGUUGAGAAUAAUUGGGGAGGUGAUGAUAGCGAAUUGAAAAAGGAGUUACUUGUUAGGAAUAUCAUUGAAUUCUGCCUUGAAAGUAAUGAAUUUAUGAAUAAGGAAAUAUAUUCUGAUCAAAUAGAAGAUAUAAUAGUUGACAAGAUCGACGAGUAUUUUAAUGUAACAUUGGAAGAUGGCAGUGAGGUUGAAAUCGCAUCCAUAUUGGUUAAAUUACAUUUUACAUGUUCAAAUAAUGACUUUACUUAUGCAAACGAGUUGAUAAAUAACUUGAAAAAAUGCUCUAACCCCUGUAUUUCUGGAAACGAUGAAAGCUCUGAGGAGGAAAAGCCCGAAAAAAUAAAAGGCAGUUCUAGGGGACCGAAAACAGUAAGAGACGAGGAGGGAUGGACCACAAUUUUAUGA